UAUCAAGUUGACCAACGUUAAAAAGUUAAAGUUUUUGACAUCUGUCAUUAACAACUGGUAAAAAUGUCGUUAAUAAAAACCCAUAAAUUAGCAAAAUUAUGCUUAAAAUCCAAUCCAAUUUUAUUUACGUCGAUUCGAAAUCAUUGGAAUAAGGAUUAUAAGCCAAUGGCUUAUCCUCAAACUGAGAAAGAGAGGAAAGCUGCUGCAGCUAAAUAUGGUUUAUUACCGGAAGAAUAUAAACCGCUUCCUGACGAUGGAACAGGACUUGGAGAUUACCCGGAUUUACCGUUCGUUUCGGCUGAAUCAAAGGAUGCGUAUUAUCCAUACGAUUUUCCUGAAUUAAAACGAAAUUUUAACGAACCAAUACACGCAGAGGCUGAUAUGAUUGGCGAAGAUCGUUAUGACGUCUCCGCAAGACUUCGUGUACCUAUGAGUACUCAAUGGUUCCAAUUUUUAGGAGUCAUGUUUGGAACUUUUGCCAUUUACUAUUGGUUAGAAGAUUGUAAAAUGUUUAUUGGGCAAUUACCUAAACAGUAUCCAUUAGAUGAUAAACCAAGUUAUACAUUUGAAAUUGAAAAAUGAGUUAUAUACAAUUGAAAUGAAAAUAGUUAUUGCAAAAGGUGAAUUUAAUAAUAAAAAUGUUUAUGUAAAAAAACUUAAUUUAUUAAUUAAAGAAAAAU